CCGUUAGGAAAGAGCUUCUGGUUUCAGAGCAGGGGGACUUUGGAGAGGCUGUCCUUGCACCAGUCCUUCUUCUCGGAUGCCUCCGGUGGCCUUCAGAGAGGAGCUGAGCACGCAGGAGGGCGUCUGCUGAUGGAAAAUGACACACCUGGAGGGGAAAGAGGCUGUGGUGAGGCACCUCCGGGCAAAGCUCCAAGGGGACAGGAAAGACCCUCUGGCCACAUCCCUUGCAGUGGAGCUGGGACAGACCCCAGCACCAGGCUCCAAGGGUGAGCCUCCUCCUGAGUCCCCCUGGGGCAGGAGGGUGGACUUCAGCAGAGCUUCUCCAUCUCACAGCAAAAGUCAGAGUGUGGGACAGCAUUCACCUCCUCACGCCGUCAGUGAGGCCCCGGGGUGGAUGCUGAGACUGAAGAAGGGGAUUGCUCAAGACUCCAGCUUCUCCCCAGCCCCUGCAAAGCCAGGAGGAGGAGACACAUUGAACAGGGAGGUGGGAGCCACCUCUGAUCCUCCCCAGAGAAGCCUAGCCCCACAGACGUGGCCAUUUGCCAAAGACAAGGGUCCUUCAGCAGUUCCUGCCAAAGGCAGAGCUGUGGGAGCCUCCCUGAACGCUGUGGGAAGACCCCACAGGACAGGGCACCCAGCUCUGCCUCGGAGGAAACCUCUGCCCCAUGUCAAGGUGCUGGGAGCAAGGCCAGCCAAGCCCAGGCGUCCUCCUGCCGUGGAUCUGGAGAAGUUUGGUGCAGCUGCACGUCCUGGGAAACCUGCUGUGGAGCCACCAAGGAGCACUCAGCUGGGUUACCCAAGACCAGGCUACGUGGCCCCAGCGCGGUUCCCACCGCAGGAUGGUCCGAGGGUGAAGGGGGAUGAAGAUGAGAUCUACGACGACGUGGAGUCUGUGGGGCUGCUCAGGACAGACCAAGGCUUUCUGCUGCCCCUCGUGUCCCGGCCCCCAGCCUAUCCCCACCCCAGAGGAGGUGGUGAUGCUGGUCCAGCCUCCAACAGGGUUGCCUUCCUGGCGCCAGCACAGAGGUAACAGGGGUUUUUACUCCAAGAGACCCAAAAUGGCCAGAGCUCCUCACUGCUUUGACAAAGUUUGGGGGUCUCAUGGUCUCUGCUGAGCUUGUGAUAGAAAUACCUGUGGU